AAAGAAUGAAAAAGUUAUGUGAAAUUAUCAUAUAUAACAUAUAAUAAGUUUUCAUAGAUAAAAAAAUGCAAUGUCCUUGUUGCGUCCGUUAAACAAGUUUAUUAUUCAGCAACAUGUCAGCCAGACAUAUAUCAGAAGUUUUUGAUGUCGCGUGUAACGGUAUAAUCAUUGCAAUCAAAUUCGUAGGAGGAAAUCGAUACUCGUUGUUGAAUCGUAAAAGAACUAGUAUCCUAAUCGUGAAGGAAAGGAUUAAUUCAUCUGUGACGAAUCUAAUGCAAGAAGGAAACCAACUUGUAAAUCUUUCGUAAAUCGACUUUCACUAGAGUGUCAAGAAGUUCCCAUAAAGAGUUGGUUGUCGGCAAUUUCAGCUACGAUGGAAAUAGUGGACCAUUGCAUUGGGGCGAUGAAUACAAACAAUGCGUAGGAAAAUUCCAGUCACCCAUUGAUAUAGAAGAAAAGGAUGUCACAAACAUGACUUUUCCAAAACUCCAAUUUUCUGAUACAGAGAAUUCCCACGUAGCUUACAUGAUUAAUAAUGGCCAUACAGUGAUGAUUCGAAGUUUCGAUCCUGAUUUGCCCACGAUAUCAGGCGGGCCCAUCAAUAAUACAUACGUGUUUCAACAAUUACACUUUCAUUGGGGUCAAAAUGAUAAUCUUGGAUCCGAGGAUCUUAUUAAUAAUCACUCGUUUUCCAUGGAGUUGCACGCAGUCUUUUGGAAGAAACAAUAUGGCUCAUAUGAUAAAGCGACAGAAUAUUCUGAUGGCCUCACUGUGCUUGGAUACUUGUAUCAGGCCACAGAUAAAUCGAAUCCAGUUUUUGAAUCGAUUGUGUCUCAUAUAUUGAACAUAGCGGAAGUUGACAGCAAUAUAACAUUAAAUGAUAAUACUGUUCUGGGCAAAUUAAUUUCACCUGAUAUUGCAUCAGCGGAAAAUUAUUUUACAUAUAAAGGAUCAUUAACCACACCUCCAUGUCUCGAGAUUGUCCAAUGGAUCGAUUUUGUGGAACCUCAAUACCUUUCUCACGAACAGUUGGCUGUGUUUCGUAAAAUUCAAUCCAGUGAUGGAAGAAAUUUAACACAUAAUUUCCGUCCGGUGCAACCAUUAGAUGGUAGAAUAGUUUAUCGUAAUGUCCCAACUUCCAUGAUUUUCGGAACUACUAUUAUUACGUCAACAGAUUCUAAACAAACGAUGAAUAAUUCUAAAAAACUAAAGCCAACAAAACAAUCUAAUGAAGAAGAUUCUCACAAGGAAGAUGAUCAUAAUGGACAACAAAGCAUGUGGACCGUAUCACCAUUUGGAGUGAUACUUGGACUUAUUUUUCUUUUACAAUAUCAAUAAUAUAAGGAAGCUUUAGUCAAUUAUUUUGACUUUUAUGUAAUUUAAAAUAAUUAAUAAUAAAUAAGUAAAUUAAAUAAUAUUAUAUUUAA